AUGGAUUUCAAAAAUGGAUCUGCAGUGACUGAGUUUGUUUUACUAGGAUUUCCUGGACAAUGGGAACUUCAGAUUUUCUUCUUUCUCACAUUCUCCUUGGUCUACAGUGCUACUGUGUUGGGAAACAUUCUCAUUAUAGUCACAGUAACAUUUAGCUCCACCCUUCAUUCUCCCAUGUACUUCUUACUUGGAAACCUCUCCUUUUUGGACAUGUGUCUCUCCACUGUCACCACACCCAAGAUGAUCACAGACUUGCUCGCUGAACACAAGACCAUCUCCAUAUGGGGCUGCAUGACCCAAAUGUUCUUUUUGCACUUCUUUGGGGGUGCUGAGAUGACUCUUUUGAUAGCCAUGGCCUUUGAUAGAUACGUAGCCAUAUGUAAACCCCUGCACUACAGGGCAAUCAUGAGCCACCGGUUGCUGAAUGGGUUUGUGAUACUUUCAUGGAUAAUUGGAUUUAUACACACCAUGAGCCAGAUGGUAUUAACAGUGAACCUGCCUUUCUGUGGCCCCAAUGUUGUAGACAAUAUAUUUUGUGACCUUCCCCUUGUGAUUAACCUUGCUUGUAUCAAAACAUAUACCCUGGAAUUAUUUGUCAUUGCUGACAGUGGCCUGCUCUCACUCAUCUGUUUCACCCUCCUGCUUGUCUCCUACACUGUCAUCCUGGUCACUGUAUGGCAAAGAUCACCUGGAGGGCUCUCCAAGGCUCUGUCCACAUUGUCUGCACAUGUCAUUGUUGUCACUCUGUUCUUUGGACCUUGUGUCUUUAUCUAUGCCUGGCCAUUCAAUAGCUUUGCAGGCAAUAAAAUCCUUUCUGUAUUUUACACUGUUAUCACACCCUUCCUAAAUCCUAUUAUUUAUACUCUGAGAAAUCAGAAAAUGCAAGGGGCAAUGAUAAAAUUAUGGUUCCUACUUGCUAACUCUACACAGAACUUCUAA